GAAAAGAAAAUGGAAAGUGGCAACAGAUUAAUUUCCAUUCUCAUUCUGCAGCCGAGAGAGAUUAUUUUUAUAAAAAAAAAUUGUUAAACAGAAUCGUCCAAUUAUCGUCAUUUUUAGUUACAGCCCGACGAAGUUCUUUUUAUUUCACGAUGGUCACUUUCAUCGUUACUACCGUUACCUUUAGUUAAUUGCAAGGUCUCCGCUACGAGCCGCUGCGGUCUUCAUUGAGAAACCGAGAUUUAUUAAUGCGAAGUAAGAGCUCUUCUGAUCUGACGAUGACUUAUACUGUUGUGAAAUAAAUAUUCAACCAGGAUAAAUAUCCAAGUGAUUUUCGGUGAAAAUACGUACAUGGAGGAGCCGUAGAGCUCGAAAUAUGAUCAUGACGAGACAUGGGGGAUCCCGAUUAGGUUAGGAAUCCUAUAGACAAGUCCUGUCACGCUCACUCGGACAGACGAGAUCUUCGUUAGAUGGUGUGGCAUAAGGCGGAUAAAAUGAUGCAUUACGGGCCGUGGGUUCAGCAUCAAGCUAUGUUGGACAAUCACCAGUGUUACGCGCCGUACAUCAAUGUGAUGCCAUCCUUUCAGCAUCGCAACCAUGAACAUCAUCAACUGGCCGAGGAGGAGAACGAACAGACCGGGGACGAGACACACGAUACGAUGACACCUGCUACUUCUGGGGAGCGUAGUUCCAGUGCGGAUCUCUUCAGAUUGGAAUUCGCAGCUGCUCAAUGGUCCAAACUGGUCUCUAAUGCGGAAGGUUUAUUCACGAAGCUCAUGACAAGUAACAUCCUGCCGCACACGGAUCAGGAUCAAAUUGAGCAGUGGCUGUGCAUGAAGCAGGAGUACGAGGAAUGUAUAUCUGGCGACGAUACCACCAGUAUACAAGGAUAUACAGAGAAUAUAAGGAGAUCGUUGGAACGUAUCGAGGAAGUAACGGAGACCGAUGAGAAGACGGACGAGUCUGCGAAUCAAAUGAAACUCAAGCUCAAUUCUAACUGCACCACCAGCUCCGAAAGCGAAUUAUCUAAUGCUGACGACGACGAAGAUGAGGAGGAGGAGGAGGACGAAGAAGAGGACGAAGACGAGGAUGAGGAAGAGGAGGACCAGAGCGACGCGAGUUCGGAAAACCCGGACUUCCUGGAGAAACUGGACGAAUGCAUCGGCAAGUUCAAGAUAGACACGGACAGGAGCAUCGACUCGAAGAAGGACGAGUUCAGAGAAACGAACAUCGAGAUUGUACAUCCGGCGGCGAGGUCGGUGAAUAAUAAUUACGUGCCGAUAGCGCGCUCCGUACCGGCGAGGAAUCCGAAUUCCCGGAGGAACUCGAUGCUGCCCGGGUCCGACAUGUGCAAUGAAGUGCUGGUCUUCAACGACAGUCGGAAACCUUGUCAGAAGCCGAUUCUCGAGAAUCAUCCGACGGAACGCACGAAUCUGGACAAUCGCGAGACGGAGGUGAACCUCAACGACAACUUCAUGACGCUGCAGAACGACAAUUCGCCGGAUCUGCUGCUCGACGCCCUCAAGACCGCGGAGAUACCCGAGCCUAUUCGGGAAUUGAAGGCCCUGACGAUAAAUAACGAGGCGAAGCAGACGCAAGUGAAGAAGAUCCAGUCGGACUUGGACGGCGCGCAGAAGCGCAUCGAGGAGCUGCAGACGACGAUCAAGAUCAAGCAACGUUUCAUCGCGGACAUGAUGAAGAAUUCGGACGCGCGCGCCAACGCGAAGCAACGGUUCCUGCGUAAGCGCAGCAAGCUCCAGGAGGAGUAUUACAACACGAGGACCCAGCUGGCGCAGGCGGAGAACGCGUCCACGUACAAGGACUCGGAGGAGAAGUCGGCGCACAAGAAGGAGAUCGAGCUGUACAAAAACAUGGCGAUACACUACGAGAAGCGUCUGAUGGACAUCGACAUGAUCAAGCAGAUCGCGGGCGACUCCGCGAAGAAGGUCCUCGAGCUGGAGGGCUCGCUGAACACGUCGAAGAAGCAAAUGGACAAGCUGAAGCGGCAACUGAAGAAGGAGGAGGAACGGAAGAAGCAGCUGGAGCAGGAGCUCGCGAAGGACCAGCAGAAGAUCCGCGAGCUCGAGGAGAAGUACAAUCUGACCGCUUCCAAGCUGAAGGAGAUGCAGUCGGAGAGCGAGGACGAGAAGCAGCAGAGCGCGAAGUCGAAGAGCGCCGACAAGAAGAAGAACCUGCUGGACGUCAGCGCGAGAAUAUCUCAUCUCGACCACGUCCUGAAGGAGAAGUCCAUGGACCUGGAGAGAACCGCGGACACGGACGAGAAGGAGGCGCUGCGGCACGAGAUCAGGAACCUGAGGCGCACGCGGGAAUGCCUGGUGGACGAGAAAUGCGACCUGGACGAGAAGCUGCAGAAGGAGCGGACUUUGACCACGGUGGAGGAGCGUAAGCUGCUGGAGUGCGGGGAGACGAUCGAGGCGAUCGACGCGAUGAUCGAGCAUAAGAACGAGAUGAUCUGCGGCAGGAAGGACUUCUUCAGCGAGAACCAGUCUCAGCGCGAGAAGGGCGAGCGGGUGCUGAUGGAGAGGCUGAAGAAGCUCUCCCACGGCGAGAUAAUAACGCUCUUCGUCAAGUACUUCCACAAGGUGAUCGACCUGAAGGAGAGCUCGAAGAACUUGGAGGUGCAGAUCACGGAGCUGGAGGCUCGCAUCGCCAGCCAGGACUGGGAGAUGGGGACGCAGCAGAUGGAGGCCAAGAGGAGGAUCGUGCUGCUGCAGAGGCAGUACGAAGAGAAGCUGCACCAUAUGCUCAAGUACUUGGCCGAGGAGACCGGCAGCUCCGGCCAUGAGCGAUUCGACAAGGACUCCGAGCUCGUCAAGUACAAAAGGGAGAACAGGGCGCUGAAGAAGCGCCUGGCGGACGUGGAGGUGCUGCUCAAGGGCACACCGCCGCGAACAGCCAGUCCCUGUAGGAUCCCGCAGCAAGGGCUGAAGCAGAUCGCGCCCAACACCCGCUCGACCACCAAAGUGACGAGGCAGCGGAACAAGCUGAUCAUCCAGAAGACCACCGACUGCGACAAGAGGAAGAAGUGAGCGAGCUCGUCGGGAAGCGUCUCCGGUUUCUUGUCCAUCGUGUCGUCUAUCGUUUCUCUUCUAUGGUGUCUCUUCUUCGCGAGCCCGACCCGACGCCCACCUCCUCGCACACGCCCCUCUCACGUACCGUCACAUUUUCGCCGCCUCGUUACCUCGAGAAGGUAUCGCGAGUAAAUUACACGGUGAAAAACACUGAACGUUUCAAACGAAACAAUAUUCAAUUCAAAUCCAACACAUUUCACACACGUCCCGAACGGUCCACGCGAAUUUUUCUGUCGACUUAACACGGAGAGAACACGUUGAGAAGUAACACGAAUAUCACACGGUCCACGCAAAAUGUUGAGAUUACGUAAACGCAAUAUGUUAAAUUAAUACACGGGGUGUGUUGAGAACUUAACGCAGGAAUUUUAACAAGGACCGAUCUUAACACAAGUACAAAAUGUUUCCUUACUGUGUAGGUAUCGACAGAUUGUACGGAAUUUAUUCUCGAUCGCCGACCCGAUCAGAAUAAUUCCCGUGGGCCUGUACGAUUCACCAUGCAGGAUAUCAGUUCCAUCGCGCGAGUCAGUCAUCCUUUCCGUGUUUUUGAAGAGUGUACAUCGCCGUGAGAAUGCACUCAUGCUCGAUGUGUUAGAUGUUCGUUCGCGAGACAAGCGAGACGACGCGACAACUGUAACCCGACGAGAGACGCGCGAGUAGGAAUCCACCGCAUGCUAGUAAUGUCGUUGUAUUUAUUACACAGGGCGCAUAGUCAUAGUACCGAGCUCGUAAUUUAAUCUCUCUUUCUCUCUCUCUCUCUCUCUCUCUCUCUAGGCACAAUAUAACCGCCAAUUGUAAUAUCCUGAAUCUCACUCGAGAGCGUACUACUUGCAUGCUGUCCUCGUAAAUCCAAUGUUAAUUCAAUUCAGCGUUCUAAGUGUCGCGUCGACGACGUAGCUAGAUACGGUCGCUUCUGAUUCCGAUUUUCGCGGCGACAAGCAAACAGAAAGUCAAAAAGAAAGCUCAGAGGCUCUCGCGAGCCUUAUGUACAGCGAUGCUCAAUUACACAUACGUUAAGUGAUCGAUAACCGAAUUAAUUUCAGGCCUCGAGCGACCGUUCACGAACGAUGGAUGUUAGUCCGGAGAAACCGGGAUGUUGCGCUUGAAACGAAAGUACCGUCGACAAUUUAAUUACUAUUAACGAUUGAGUCCGAGGACAGGGUUUCCUAAGCCUAUGUGAACCCACGACCCACCAGCUUUAGUAGAUAUNAAAAAGCGGGGGGGGGGGGGGGUGAGGGUGAAUUGAUUAUUUAUUUAUACAACUUUAUUUAUACUUACUUUACUGCUGCUCUUUACUUUUUAAUUGUUUAUUGAAUAUAAUCUUAUAAGUCUAUUUAUUUUUAUAUAUAUAUAUAUAUAUAUAUAUAUGUGAUAUAAGUAAAAAACGUGUUUCGUUUCCUAUUUAUGACAGCUUAGAGAAAAAGCUUGAAAAUUUGUAAAACCACAGUAAGUAACGAAGUGUAAUUUAACAUUCUACAAUUUCUCGCGAACCACUAGUGGAUCGUGAUCCAUAUUUUGGGAAUCCCUGGUCUAGGCCGGUUAGAAUUGGACCUUCGCUCGGCCGUUGUACUCCCCGGACACGGCCGUUGUUGAUGCAAUACGCAUAAUAAUUCUGCCGCACGCAGUUACUGCUCAUACGUCGUCGCUAUUGGUUAUUAUUAAAUAUGCGUGUCCAUGUACGUCGCUAAAGAAACAUUCGAUGGAUACUGAUCUCCGGUAUUAUUACUUUAUUAUUAUUAUUAUUAUUAUUAUUAACAUCGUUUCGCGCGUAGAAAGUAGCGUCGAUUGAUCCGUAGCAUGUGAAGAGCCAAUCGCCGUGACUUCAAUUUGAUCGAGAUCGUAUCGAUCCACUCUUCCAACGUAAUUUAUUGUAAUUUUGUAAAUAAAUCGAUAUCACACGUUACACGCGAA